UUUUAGGGUUUAAGACCAACAGAAACAGAAUGACAAGAAAACGUUCGAGUCCCAUGGGACUCGACAUAUAUUUGUCAGCCAUGCUGGCAAUUGUUAUGUUGCCAUUAUUAAUACAAGCUGCUCCCCUGCAAGAUUAUACGGAAAUUCAACAAUACACAGAAGGCUGCUACUACAACUAUAAUCAUUACAAUGAAGGCGAUAGAAUCAUGACAAAUGAGCCCUGUUUGAAUUGUACGUGCCACAAUAAGAUGCUCAUGUGCUAUUUGCGUGUAUGUCCGUUCACGAAGCCCAUUGGACAUGAUUGCAUAGUGGAGAAACGUGAGGAUCAAUGCUGUCCAAUCAUUACAUGUCCCGAAGUUCCCGUAGGUAUUUCUCAUGCUGCUCCUGAACCAGGCACUGAAUUGAGCAUACCAGAGAAAUUCGGCUGCAGUAUUGAUGGCAAAUUCUAUUUGGAAGGUGCCCAGGUUCCCUCGAAUCCCAAUAAACCUUGUGAACUCUGCUAUUGUAUUAAGAAUCGUACCUCAUGUCUGAUGCAAGAAUGUACCCUGCACAUCGAUGGCUGUACUCCAAUUUACAACAAGGGCUCUUGCUGUCCAGUGCGUUAUAAUUGCGACCAUGAAAACGAUAUUCUUGGCUUGGAAGAUCUAUCGUCGACCACAGAGGCCAGCACCACCACUACUACGACUACCACCACCACAACUGAACGUCCCACAACUGGCUUUAUCCUUACCAGCACCAUGUCACCCAGUGUCUCGACCGACUGUAUCCACAAUGGAGAAUUGUAUGCUGAUGGUGCUCGUAUCGAAGGCAAGAAUCCAUGUGAAAACUGCUAUUGUAUGCGUGGUGACAUUAUCUGUGCUGUCCAAGAAUGUAAGAUGCCCAUGUUGGCUGGCAAUGGAAAACAAUGUCAUGCCAUGCCGCCACAUGAAGGCGAAUGCUGUCCCAGCGAAUAUGUGUGUGAAGAUGAUACAGCCACCACUGAAAUUUAUGAAGCCACAACCGCUCUACCCGGCAAAGAUGAAGAUGAAACCAAGGUUACAACAUCUGCUCCCGUUGAAGAUCUCCAUGGUGCCAUACCCGAGGAAGAUAUGCUCUUGCAGACACACAUCGAAGAAGAAUCACAACAAGGUGUUACCGUAUCACCAAUGGAUAAAGUUAAGGCCACAGAGGAACCUGUCUCCGCUGAAAAGGAUGAAGAAGAAGGAGAACAAGAAUUAUCUGCCACAACCAUCAAACCUGUUAGCGAAGAUAAAGAAGACCAGACUACCGAAGCUAUCUCAGCUCAAGAAGCUACCACGGCUGAUGUUACAGAAGAACAGGAAGAGGAUACCGACAAGGAAGCUAAACCCGUUCCCGCCGAUGAAUAUGUUACCGAAAGUGCCACCACAUCUGCCCAAGAAGGAGCAGAAGAUGAAAUUGAAACAAGUACCAAGGCCACAAUUGAACAAGAAAUAUCCACUGAAGGUGAACUCACAACCAAGGCUACCGAAGAAGAAGGACAAGACAUUGGCUCAGCUACUGAAUCUGCUAUGGAUACUUUGGCUACUGGCAAACCUACCGAAGAAGAAUCCUCCGUAUCUACUGAAGCUGAUGAAGAACUUAUCACUAAGGCUCCUGUAGAAGAAGAACAAGCUGCUGUUUCCACAGAAACAUCGGGCGCUGCUGAUGAACUUCCAACUGUUACUGCUUCCAGCGAAGAAGAACAAUCUGAAGUAUCUACUGAGACUGCUGAUGUCACUACGGCUGCAGCUGAAGAGGAAGAAGAAACCGAUGCUGAUGUCACUAAAGCUCCAGUUGCCGAAGAAGGUGAAGCUAUCGAAGAACUUUCAACUAAGGCUCCAGUUGCCGAAGAAGAAUCCAGCGAAUCUACUGAAACUGUUGAUGAACUCGCCACCAAAGCUCCUGUCGCCGUUGAAGAAGAAGGAGAAAAGGAAACCGUAUCUGUUGAUGAACUUACCACUGUUGCUCCUGCUGCUGAUGAACACGCUGAUGUCUCCACAGAAUCCGUUGAAGAAGAAUUGGCUACCAAGGCACCAGCAGGUGAAGAAGAAGCUGCCGAAAUCUCCACUGAAAUGGUUGAUGAAGCUUCUACUAAAGCUCCCGAACAUGAUGUGGCUACUGAAUUGGAUGAAGAAUCUGCAACCAAAGCUCCUACCGCUGAAGAAGGUGAACACGUUGAUGAAUUGGCCACCAAGGCUCCAGCCGCUGAAGAAGGUGAAACCGUUGAUGAAUUGGCCACCAAGGCUCCAGUCACUGAAGAAGGUGAAACCGUUGAUGAAUUGGCCACCAAGGCUCCAGUCAGUGAAGAAGGUGAAACCGUUGAUGAAUUGGCAACCAAUGCUCCAGUCUCUGAAGAAGAUGUAUCCACUGAAACCACUGAUGAAUUGGCAACCAAGGCUCCAGUCGCUGAAGAAGAUGAAACCGUCGAUGAAUUGUCUACCAAAGCUCCAGUCUCUGAAGAAGGCGAAACUGUUGAUGAAUUGGCAACCAAGGCUCCAGUCGCUGAAGAAGGUGAAACCGUCGAUGAAUUGGCAACCAAGGCUCCAGUCGCCGAAGAAGAUGAAACUGUUGAGGAAUUGGCAACCAAGGCUCCAGUUGCAGAAGAAGGUGAAACCGUCGAUGAAUUGGCAACCAAGGCUCCAGUCGCUGAAGAAGGUGUAUCCACUGAAAUCGCCGAUGAAUUGGCAACCAAGGCUCCAGUCGCUGAGGAAGAAACUGACGUAUCUACUGAAACUGUUGAUGAACUCUCUACUAAAGCUCCAGCUGCUGAUGAACAUGUGGAGGAAGGUGCUGAAGAAAUCUCAACCAAGGCUCCCGUUGCUGAAGAGGAAAGUGAUGCUGCUGCUGAAGAGGAAAGUAAUGAACUUGCCACAAAAGCUCCUGUCGUUGAAGAAGGUGAAACCGUUGAUGAAUUGGCAACCAAGGCUCCAGUCACUGAAGAAGGUGAAACUGCUGAUGAAUUGGCAACCAAAGGUCCCGUUGCUGAAGAUGCCGAAACUGUUGAUGAGUUGGCAACCAAAGCUCCCGCUGCUGUGGAACCUGAAACCUUUGUUGAUACUUUGGCCACUGAGACUCCUGCUGGCGAAGAACAACCUGAAACUGUCGAAGAAUUGGCAACCAAGGCUCCAGCUACCGAAGAAGAAGCCACUCAAAUGCCCACUGGAACCAUGCCCACUGGCGCUGACCAAUCUUCCGAAUCUGUUGAGGAAAUGGUUACCAAAACUCCCGAACACACCGCUGAUGUUUCAACUGAAUCUGCAGAAGAACCAAUUGUCACUGAUAGCGCUGCUGGUAUUGUUGAUGCCACCACCAAGGCUCCUGAAGAACAACCACAAGUACCAAUAGAAAUUGAAGGUGUUACCCAUAUUCCUAUGGCCAUGGACACUGAAUCUCAUGUAACUGAAACUGAAGAAUCCACUGAAACUGCCAAGGAUGAAGAGGAACAAGAAGAAGUUAAGGAGACUGAAGUUACAACUAAGGCUCCUUUGGCUGAGGAAGAACAAGAAUCCGAAGACAAAGAAACUGUUACCGCUGCACCAGUGGCUCAUGAUGAACUUCCUGAAGAAGCUAAACCAGAAGAAGCCUCAUCCGAAGUUUCAGAAGAAGAAAGCGAAGAUCACACUAAAAUGCCUGCCGUUGAAGAACCUCAGGCUGGAGAAGAACAAGACAUCAAACCUAGCGAAGAAGAAGCUACCACCAUUGCUUCAGCCAUGGCUGAUGAAACCUCAACCAAAGCACCCGAAGGAGAACAAGCUGAUGUAUCAACUGAAGAAGAUAAGGAACAAGCCAGCACCGAAUCUGCUGAAUCCACUGAUGAAUUGGCCACUGAAAUGCCUGCCGAACAAGAACCAGAAAAGGUUGCCACCGAUGCUGCCACUCCAACCGUUGCCGCCGAAGACCAAUCCAUGGUUGAAAAGGACACUGAAGAAGCUUCUGGUGAUAGCACACCAAUUGCUCCCAGCACUAUGGCUCCAACUUAUAUUCCUCCCGUCCAAACCGGAGAAGAAGCUUCCGAACCAGAAACUGUUCCUGCUGAGGAAAUGGGCAGUGGCGAUUUUGCUACUACCGAAUCUGCUGAAACCGAAGAAGAAGAAGAAAUGAAACCUGCCGUUACAGAUCGUGUUUCAGAAGGAGAGGAAGCUGAAAUUAGCACCGCUAAACCUGUUGAAGAACCAACUGAAGCCGGCCUUGAAUCGGUUACCACACACAAGAUUGAUACCGAUGCUGCUGUACCAAGUAGUGAAGAAGAAGGAGAGCACAAGGAACCAUCAGAAACUGCUGUAGAACAACCUGAAUCAGCAGAAGAAGCCACCACAAUCAAAUCUGAAGUUCCAACUGAAACUGCUACCGAAACAAUGGCUGAUGAGAAACCUGAACAAGUUGACAUUGCCACUUUUGCAUCUACCAUCGAAAACGAAGGUGAGGAAGAAGCUCAACCAGAAAUGGACAAGGAAACCGAAAUUGUUGAUGUCACUACUCAAGCUCCAGCUGUUGAAAUGGCGCCCACAACUGCCGCUACUGAUAAGGAUUCAUCUGAAGAAACCUCAAGUGAGGAAGAUGAAACUAAAGCUGAAGAACCAACAUCCACUGUUGUGCCUGCUGUCGAACCCGUUGAAGGUGAAGCACAAGAACCUCUUCCCGAAACUGAUGAACACAAAGUUGAACGACUUCCUGAGGAAGAAAUGGCUAAACCUACCGACAGUCCCAUGGUUAUUAUUGAAGAUUUCACUGGCCUGCCAGCCGUUGAUGAAACCAAGACUGAAGCUGAACAAGGUGUUGCCGCAACCACUGUUGCUCCCAUCUCCGAAGAAGGAGAAGACCAAGAUAAGGAACUCGGUGUCAGUAGCACCAUUAAACCUACCACUGAAGAUGUAUCCAUUGAAGACAUGCACGAUAUGCACAUUCCAUCUGUCAUUCCUGGUGAAGGCGAUUGCUUGGUUGGUCACAAGACCUAUGCCAAUAACUCCGUCAUUCCCACAGCCGAUGAAUGUGAAAUCUCCUGCAAGUGUGUCAGCAGUAUUGUUACCUGCGAACGUGUUGUCUGCGAAACUCCAGAAAAUGUUGAGAAAUGUAUUCUGGAUGAGAGCAGCACCAACAAAUGUUGUCCUACCUAUAUCUGUGACAUUGAAAGCAUUCCUGCCAAGGCCGAAGACAGCUCUACCGAAAAGGAUGAAAGUUCCGCAGAUGAACUCACCACCUCUACUACCUCUGCUCCUCAUAAGACUGAUGAUGAAACCGCUACAAUUGUUAGCAUUCCUGAAAUUGAAAUGCCCGUGGGUAGCACUGAAGAACCCAUGUCCCACAUUAAGGAUACCGAAGAGGAACAACACCAUGUCGAAGUUGCAGAACAAACAACCAAGGCUCCACUUGAUAUUGCUGCCGAUGACAAAUCUGAUGUUAUGGUUGAUAGUGAAGAGCCAUCUACUCAAUCGGCAAUUGUUGAAGAUAUGGUUAAACCCGUAUCCAUGGUUCCAGUUGAUGCUACUGAGGAUGCUGUGAAACCCGUAGAAACCGAAAUGCCUGUGGAAAUUCAACCCGAAGAAGUUAUGCCCACUGUUACCGAUAUGGAAAUGGCACCAAUUGUUCCCUCGACCGAUGAAUAUCAAACCGUUAAACCAAUUGAAUCAUCGGAGGAAGAGAAGGAUGAAGACGAAGAACACACAAUUCAACCCAUCGUUAGUCUGGAUGAACUCCCAAGCACAACUAUUGCUGCAGAAGAGACCGAUGUCCAUGUACCAUCCUCCACAGAGGCUGCUGUCGAACAAGAAGAAGAAGAACAUAAGGAUGUUUCUGGAGAAGCAGAAGAAGAACCUGAAAUUGCCACUGUUGUACCAACUGUCACUGAAGAUAAGGAAGUUGAGGAUCAAACUGAAAUUCCUGUUGUUGAAGGUGACAAAGAAGUCGAUCAAGAAGGUUCUGGAGAAAUUGAAACAGCUUCACCAACCACAACUGAAGAAGAAGAAGUUCAUACCGUUGCUCCCGAAUCAGCCGAUAAGGAAAUUGAUAUGUCUACUGAAAUUCCUGUUGUCACUGAUAAGGUAUCCGAAGAACCAGCUGCCGUCACUCCCUCAACUGAAGCUGCUGAAGCAGUUGAGCCCUCAACAGCUGGAACAGUUGCUAAGGAUGAAGAAGAACCUGAAAAGGAAACAAUGGAAGAAUCUGAUGAAGAAGAUCACACAACCGUUGCCUCACCCGCUGUUGAUGAAGUCUCCUCCACCAUGGCUCCCGUGGAAGUUGAACCUGAAGUACAAACUAUGGCUAGCGAUGUUGAAAGUGAGAAACCUUCUGAAGAAACUACUGGCCAUGAAAUUGAAGAAACUCCCGCCGUGUCCACUGUCGCUCCAAUUGCUGAAGAAGCUCAGACCACAGUUGCAUCAAGUGAAGAAUCGUCUGAGGAAUCCAGCUCCGUCUCAACUGAAUCCGAUGUUGGUGAAUCUGAUGUGCACACUGUUGCUCCUGUUGAUGCUGAGACAUCCGCUGAAACCGAAGAAGAAGCAGAAGAACAAACCACAGCUGUACCAGUCAUUGAAGAGUCUUUGGGCACAACUGCCAGUGUUGAUCAUGUUGAAGAUGAUAUGGUCAAGGAAACAUCCACAGAAGCUGUCGCUUCUACCGCUGCUCCUGUAAGCGCUGAAGUACCACAAGAAACCGUUACCAGCACUGAGUCGCAAGAAGAGGAAGAAGAACAUACCACUGGACCUAUGAUCGCUUCCGAAGAAACUACUUUGGCACCAGCCGAAGAUCAAGAAGAAGACAAAGAAACUCAAACCGCUGCUGUUCCAACCAUUGAACAAGAUGAAGAACAUCAACCAACCGAAUUUGCCAUUAAAGUCGAUACCACAUCUGAACAUGCUACUGAAAUUCCUACUGUGGAUGAGGUUGAAACUAGUAAACCUGAAGAAGAAGGACAAGAAACUGUUGAAGAAACCAUGCCAUCGACAACUGUCAAAUCUACUGAGGAGGAAGAACAAGUUGGCUCUGAUGAAACCGAAGAAGAGGAACAAUCCAGCACUGUGGCACCUACAACCGCUUCAUCCGUUGAAGAAACCGACAAGGAAGAAUCUAGUCCAAUGGCUCCAACAACCGCUGAAGAACAAACCGAAGAAGCAACCACCACACCCACUGCUGAAGAUGGUACCCACAAGGAUACCACCGUUCCCUCAUUGCCAGCAGGUGAAACUGAUGAAACCACCAUGGCUCCUAUCUCUGCUGAUGUUGAAUCUGGUACUCCAUCCGCCGAUGAGGAAAAAGAACACACUGUGGCUCCUGCUACCUAUGAAGAAUCUGUUACCGAAAUGAUUGGAGCUGAAGAACCUUCUGAAAAGGAUGAAGCCGUUUUAAGCACUAUGGCUCCAGUCGAAGCUGAAGAAGAACCCGUCCAACAUGUUACUUCCGUACCGACCCAACAACACAAAGAACCAACAUUGGAUCUGUCUGAAGAAGCUUCCGGUGAAUCUGUGGAAUCAGAAGAAGAAAUCAAACCAACUCUUCCACAACAUAUUGGUGCCUUUGUUACAGAACGUGUUGAAGAAAUUACAGGCAAACCAGUUGUACAACCCACAACCACCUCCAGCAUUGAUGAAGAAGGCGAAAAGGACACGUCAUCAGAAGAACAAGAAGGCGAAAUUGAAGGCGAGGCUACAGUUAAACCUGAAGUACCAAAGGUUGAACAAGACGAACAAGUUGAAAUCACCGAAGCUACUCCCGCAGAAGAUGUUGAAACCUCCACUGCUAAAAUUCCUGAAGAAAUUGAUGUUACUGGUUCUACAUCGGCUCCUAAACUUCCUGAAGAAGCUGAAGAAACAUCAACAUCCGCAGCAAUGGACAUUGAACCUGUUGAAGGUUCUACUGAAAUUCCUGCUGUUGAAGAUGUCACUGGAUCCUCCACCACAAUGCCAAUUGAACAAGAUAUUCCUGCAGCUACUCAAGCUCCAGAAUCCGUUGAAGGUAUUGAAAGCACUUCUGAUAAAUUACCCGAAGAAGAAGAUGAAGAUCAUGUUGUUGCUGCUACUGAAUUGCCAGUUGCUGGUCCCGAAGAAGAAGCCAUCACCGAAUCUUCGGAUAUGGAAAUUUCUGCUGAUGUAACCAAAGCUCCUGAUAGUGUUGAACAUGAUGAUGUUUCUGGUAUUGUCGGAUCAACUGAAGAGGAUGUGUCCAGUGCUACAAUUGCCCCUGAAAGUCAAAGUGUUGAAGAAUCUCAAGAAGAUGUUGCUGUUCCUACCGAAUCUGCUGUCGAAGGCGAAGAAGAAGUCACAAAGGCUCCCGCUAUGGAACAACCUGAAGAGACCUCUGCUGAAGUUUCUGAAUCUAGCACCGCUGUGCCCUCGGAAGAUGUUGCUGGUCCAACUACUGCCACAAGUGCUGAACAACCUGCUGAAGAACUCGACACAGUUACUAAGGUUCCUGAACAUGAAGAAGAAUCCGAAUCUGUUGAAGAUAUUGUACCAAGCACAGAUAUGCCUUCUGUAUCUGGCGAAGAAGAACAAGAUGCUGAAAUCACAACAGCUCAACCAAGCCAUGACCAAGCUGAUGUUACCAAGGCUCCUGAAUCGGAUGUUACAGAAGGUGUUCCAUCUGAAGAAACGGCCGAUGUUACCAAAUCUCCUGUAUCCGCUGAUGUUGCCACUGAACAAGAAUCUGGAGAAGUAUCAACCCAAGUACCCGAAACCUUUGCUGAUGUUGAAUCCGUUACAUCUCAAGAAUCCGAAGAAGAUAUGGCCGAAGUUACUAAAGCUCCUGAAGCCGAAGAAGUACCUAGCAAAUUGCCUGAAAUCACUGAGGAUGUUGAAAGCUCUACUGCCCACGAUGCUGCUGAUGUUAGUGCUACCACAAUGGUUCCAUCUGUUUCCGAAGAUGUUGAAGCCGUCACUGCUCAACAAGCUACUGAAGAAGCUGAAGUCGACACUGUUAAAACUCCCGAACAGGAAGAAGAAGAAGCUGAAGUUGUUACCAAACUUCCUGAAUUGCCAGAAGCUGUGCCUCAAGAUGUUACCACUCAUGUCGCUGCUAUGGAUCAUGUUACAGAAUCUGCCACCGAAGCUGCAGAAUCUGCUGAAGAAUCCGAAGAACAAGUAUCCACAGCUCCUGAAUCUGUUGAAGGUGUUGAAUCUGUAACUGCUCAGCCAGAAGAAGAUGUCCAUGCUGCUACCACCAUUCCUGAAACUGUUUCGGAAACUGAAGAAGAAGCUGAUGUUACCAAGGCUCCUGAAGAUGCCGCAGUUACCAAAGCACCUGAAGAUGUUUCUGCUACCAAGGCUCCUGAAGCUACUGAUGCCGAAGUUACUAUGGCCCCAGUUGCUGUCCCUGAACAUCCUGAGGAAGAAGCAGUUACCAAGAUUCCCGAAACUGCUGAUGCUAUUAGCGAAGACGCUACCAAGGAACCAUCCGCCGAGGAAGAAACCGAAACCGCUGGACCCACUGUUACUGAAGCUGCAGAAUCUGUUGAAGCUCAUGGCGAAGAUGUAUCCCCUGCUACAAUGGCACCUGAAACAGAAUCCGAAUCUACUGAAUCACAUGUCGAUGAGGCAUCUCCUGUUACCAUGGUUCCUGAAACUGUAGCCGAAUUGGAAUCCAUGCCACACAAGACUGAAGAGGAUGUCACCAAGGCACCUGAAACAAUUGAAACCACUAGCGCUCAAGAUGUUGCUCCUGUCGAAGAAUCUGAAGGUGAAGAAGAUGAAGUUAAGGCCACCACACUCAGAACACCAAUUCAACAAGCUGAUGAAUAUGAAGAAUCCGAUGUUACAGAGGCUACCGAAGAUAAGACUGAAGAUAAGGUUAGCGAGGAAAUGCCAGUUCAUCACGAAGAAGUUACUGAAUUACCCGCUGAAGCCUCCACAGUUGGCCAGGCCAUUGAACAAUCCUCGGAAGCUGUUUCCCAAGAAGAGGAAGAAAAGGACUCUUCUGAAGAAUCGGCAGAAAGUGAAGAAGUGCAACGCACCACAACUGUUCACCCUCUGUUUGCCCAUCAUGGUAUCACUACUACACUUCCACCACCACCAGCCAUUGAUAGUCGUCUGGAUGAAGCUCAAAAUGCCACACAUGCUGAUGAAACCACAAUGGCUCCUGCUGCCGAUGAAUCUGCCUAUACCACAACAGCCGCAACAACCACAACCAGCACAACAACACCUGCUCCCAUUACCGUGCCAACACAUCCCGCAGCCCACUAUCCACCACCACCACCAAUCUAUGGACAAGCACCACAAUAUCCACCCCAAUACGAAGAUGAAUAUACCGACGAAGAAGACACAGAAAUCUUUGGUCCUGGCACUUGCCGUUAUGGUGGCAAACUUUACGUUUCCGCUCAACAAAUACCACGCGACGAUCCUUGCGAUUUCUGUUUCUGCUUCCGCAGCGAUAUCAUUUGUUUGCAACAAUCUUGCCCACCACCAAUUGCCGGUUGCCAUGAAGAACCCAUCUCUGGAUUCUGUUGUCCACGUUACGAAUGUCCCGUCUCGAUGGCUACUGUACUCAAUAUCACGACAAGCACAACGACAACAAGUACCACAUUGCCACCACAUUUCCUACAUCAUUCGUAUGGUAAUAAUGUACAGCGUAAUGGUUGUCUCAUCAAUGGACGUUCAUAUAGUGUGGGUGAAAGAAUCGAAUCGACAAGUGGUCCAUGCAUUAACUGCACAUGCGGCGGUGAUGGUAAAAUGAAAUGUGAUCCUCAGGCCUGUGUUCCUGAACCAACUAUGCAACAAGUGAUGGCUGUUGUAGCGGCUGGUCGCAAAAGAUGAACCCCUAGCCAUGAUAAUUUAAACUAAUUAUAUUAAAAUUAUUUUUUUAUAUAAAGAAAAACAAAAACACAUUAAAUUUAAGUAACAGUUACAAAAACAAAACAAGAAAAAACGGAAACCAACAAAAAAACCAGCAACUAUAUACUUUUC